GAAGAAAAAAUAUUCUGGAUUCAACAUUUUUGAGAGAAAGGAGUAACUAGUAGUGGUGAUAGGCGAAAUGGUAGAGAGUUGGAGAGUUGGUGUUGUAUUCCCAGAAAACAUGAUUGGAUUUGCCAGAAUUUAGAACAGCAAGAAUGGGUCUUUACAUGCCACUAUUCAGAGCCUGCACAACUUCAAGAGCGCUGACUCAACUCCAUGCCCGCCUCAUUGUCACAGGCCUCCAUAAAGAGCCCCAAGCCUCCACCAAGCUCAUAGACUCCUACGCCAGAACGGGCUCUCUCGAAACUUCAAGAAUCAUCUUUGGGUCAUUCCCGGAACCAGAUUCUUUCAUGUGGGGCGUGCUGAUAAAGAACCAUGUCUGGAAUUGCUGCUUCCAAGACGCCAUUUCUCUCUACGACGCCAUGCUUUUCCACCUUCCCCAAAUGGGCGAUUACACAUUUCCUCCAGUUUUGCGGGCGUGCGCUGCAAUUGGCGACCUAGGAAUCGGCCAAAAAGUGCACGGGAGGAUUGUUAAGUCGGGGUUUGAGUCUGAUCCUAUUGUAGAGACGGCGUUGUUGAAUAUGUAUGGUGAGCUGGGAUGUAUACUCUAUGCACGGAAACUGUUCGAUGGAAUGCCGAUUAGGGAUGUGGUUUCAUGGGGUUCCAUUAUUUCUUGUUAUGUACAUAAUGAGCAGCCAAGUGAAGGUUUGGAGCUUUUGAGGGGAAUGGCGAAGGAAGAGAUUGAAAUUGAUUCAGUUACACUGCUCAGUGCAGCAGAAGCCUGUGGGGAGUUGGGUCUAUGGAGACUAGCAAAAUCUGUGCAUGCUUAUGUGCUGAGAAAGAAUAUUCAAAGUGAUGUGACACUGAAUACUUCCCUUAUUUCAAUGUAUGGGAAAUGUGGCGAUACGGGUAGUGCUGAGGCGCUUUUCCGGUCUGCUGUCAUUAGGAGUAUUUAUACCUGGACAGCAAUGAUUUCUAGCUUUAAUCAAAAUGGAUGUUAUCGAGAGGCGUUGGGAGUGUUUGUUGAUAUGCAGUUGCAGGAUUCAACUGUGGAACCUAAUGAAGUUACUUUGAUGAGUGCCUUGUGUGCUUGUGCUAGGUCAGGUUGGCUAAAGGAAGGGAAAUCUAUUCAUGGUUUUCUUAUAAGAAACAAUAUCGAUGCUGAUAAUGACAUUCUGAGGUCUGCUUUAGUAGACUUGUAUUCCAAUUGUGGAAGGCUAAGAGAUUGCCUCAAGGUAUUCGACCCAGCACAAGACCGUCAUAUUGUUUCGUGGAAUAUGCUUAUAUCUAGUUAUGCUCGUGAAGGGAUGUGUGAAGAGGCGUUGAUACUUUUCACGCAAAUGUUAAUCAAGGGCAUAAUUCCAGACUCUUUUACUCUUGGAAGUGUCAUUAAUGCCUGUGGAGAUAUUGGAUUUAUUCAACUUGGAAGUCAGAUGCAUUGCCAUGUUAUCAAGGCAGGGUAUUCAGAAAACGAAUUUGUUCAGAAUUCUCUGAUUGACAUGUACUCCAAAUCUGGACUUGUGGACUCAGCAUAUGCGAUAUUCGAGGAGAUCCCGGACAGAGGAGUCGUGGCUUGGACUUCCAUGAUGUGUGGAUUUCAUCAAAACGGUAAAUCUGAGGAGGCCAUCGCUUUGUUUUCUAAGAUGUACUCGGAUUCUCUUGAGAUGAAUGAAGUCACCUACUUGACCGCAAUUCAAGCAUGCUCUAAUUUAGGAUAUUUAGAAAAAGGGAAAUGGAUUCACCAUAAGCUGAUAACCUUUGGUGUAAGAGAGGAUAUGUAUAUUGGCACAGCCCUAACAGACAUGUAUGCCAAAUGCGGGGAACUUCAAAUGGCUCGACAAGUCUUUGACAGCAUGACAGAAAAAAGCGAAAUUUCCUGGAGUGCCAUGAUAGGCGGGUAUGGGUUGCAUGGUCAUAUCGAUGCUGCCAUAUCGCUCUUUACCGAUAUGGUAGAUUCAGGAAUUAGACCAAACGACGUUAUAUUCAUGAAUAUUCUCUCUGCUUGUAGUCAUGCUGGCUACGUUAAUGAAGGAAAGUCUUACUUUAAUGCAAUGUCUGAUUUUGGCAUUGAGCCCAAAUCUGAACACUUUGCAUGUCUCGUUGAUCUUCUUAGUCGAGCCGGUGAUGUAGAAGAAGCAUAUAAGGUGAUCAACUCAAUGCCAUUCCCGGUAGAUGCUAGCGUUUGGGCUUCACUCAUUAAUGGGUGUAGAAUCCACCACCGAACAGAUAUUAUCGCGAGUGUUCAAGAAAAGCUUGUGGAUAUACAUACAGAUGAUACUGGGUACUACACCUUAUUAUCCAAUGUAUAUGCAGAAAGAGGAGAAUGGAGUGAAUGUAGGACAGUAAGGUCAAAAAUGCAAAGUGCAGGUCUUAGUAAGGUCCAUGGGUACAGUAUGGUUGUGGUUGAUAAGAGAAUUCAUCAUAUGCCUGGUGGAUGAUCAGGACUAACUGAUUUGCUAUGAGUUUCUGGAUACCUGUCUGGGAAGUGGGAACUUCAUCAUAUGCCUGGUGGAUGAUCAGGACUAACUGAUUUGCUACGAGUUUCUGGAUACCUGUCUGGGAAGUGGGAACUGCAAUAUGAAGCUCAUUUCAUUUAACAGUUGAGUUUGCUAUGGUGGUCUGCCUGAAAGAGGUUUUGUUGGGCAGAGGCUGGUGAAGGGCCAAAUCCAGCAUCGUAGCUGGGGGAUUGUUGGGCGGAGACUUGACACCCUGCCUCUCGAAAAUGUAAUGGUAUAUAAGGUAAUAAAGUUGCAUCUUCGCUGUGAGCUAUGACUUUUGGCAUCAGAUAGCUGGGGGAUUGUUGGGCAAAGGCUUGGCACCCUGCCUCUCGAAAAUGUGGUGGUAUAUAAGGAAAUAAAGUUGCGUCUUCGCUAUGAGUUAUGACUUUUGGCGUAAUGAUAAGCGCUUGAUCCUAAGUGUGAAGUUGAACCGCAAUAGCAUGAAGCUUUUGAGGUUCUAAGUUUCUGUUUGUGCUGCUGAUAUGAAAGGGUUUUUUAGAAGGGAACCUUGAAACAAUGCAAAAUCUUGGAAGAUAAGAGAUUUGCAUAGCAAGGGAGGAGGGUUGUUGUAGUACCGGUGUACCACUCCAUACAUUCUGACAAAGAACCAGACUUCCUGGCUAGUUUAUGGGUAGUCCUAUUCGCAGAACGUUUAACGAAAGUGAAAUUCACGUGAAGAAAAGUUCUUGCAAAUUUCAUUAACAUAAUUUAGAAUCAAAUUAAAGAUGAGUCCAUUCCAUUAUUAUCAACUAGGAAUUAUGAAAAGACAAAGUGCACUCUAUUCUGUUGUUAUGUUUGGUGGACUUGUACAUCUUAUUUUAUGUAAAGUAUUAUUAUAAGAACAAGUUAUAGACAUUACAAUGCCAACAUUAUUACAUGUAGUUUGUUUAGUGUGUAGGUUAAACCCAAUUCACCAUUCUUUGUGUA